AUGCAGCAUGUCGGAGAUGCGGCGCAGGGUGGCGAGCAACAGGCAGCGCGGUGCUCGAAGCGAAAGCGCGACGAUGGCAAGGAUGGCGACCGCACAAGCGCCAAGACGCCGAAAGGCCUGUCGCCAAAGGAGAAGACGAUUGCCAACGAGUGGCAGCAGCAGUACUACCAGGGUGUUGACAUUAUGGACCUGGACGGCGUUGGCUGCGGCACUUGUCUGCUUGGAAGCCCGAACGUGGCCUUCAAGUACCCGUUCGAUUCGAAUGGAAGGCUCGAGAUCCUAUCUGGGCUGAAAGGGUCAGGGAGAGGCAGUAUCCGUAUGUGUGAUGAGAACGAAGAGUUCACCUUCAUGGCGCCUUUGGUUCACGUAGGUGAGUACCUACCCAUCUUGGCUGCUGCGCUUGGCCCUGGCUAUUCUAUGUACACUCCUCACGCGCGUGUAACAGAACAGGUCAUAGUACUUCAGAACGGCUCGAGUUCCUCCAGUGAUGAAGCAUACCGAGUACUGAUCGUGCCGACUGCUGCCACCGGCGUCGCUGCCAUGAAGAGGAGAUUCCCUCAAAUCAUCGAGUUCAGCUGGCCCAACAAGGCGGCCGGCAACGGCCUCAAGGGGGUCUAUGGCCAAGCUGCGUACGGGACAGAGGAGACCUACUUAUCGGUCUUGAAGAGAGUCCUCAAUGAUCAGCUGGCUCCUUUUGGUACGACCGUCGUAGACGAGACCGACGAUGACGUCGAGGAGCGAAUUGUCACAAGCGCAGCAUCCAUACGAGUGAGUAUGGAGAGCACAGACACCGGUGUCAUAGGAGCCAUGCAUUUCUUGCAGACUGGUAUGCUCUUCUCCAACGGCGAAGACCGAGUGUACUUGUCGUUUGAGUCGGUCAACGACAUCUUCUUAGUCUCGAUCAAAGACCUUGCCGUGUCUUCCAGGCCAGAAAACGGUCCCGGCGGCGGAAGUCUAGUCGCCUUGGAUAUGCACUGUCGCGUCACAGAACCGUUCUUCGAGAGGCAGGGUGUUUGCAUUGGCCCACACGGGACUGCCAGGCUAACGUCGACGCUCCUCAGCUUCAAGGGGUUUCCGAUCGGCCUACUCAGCAGUAUCAUGCGGUACGCGGAGAGGCACAACCUCACGGUCCAUAAAUGUCAGCAGACAUACUACAACUAUGCCAAGAACCAGCCUGCUACGGGAUGGACCCCCGUGCGCUAA